AUGCCUUUGUCAAAUUACCUUGCUCUCCUCGCCGUUACGCUCUCGUUCCUACCCUUCUCCACUCCGCAACUCCUAAACUCCCUCCCUUCUUGCAUCGUAGACUGCAUCAAUAAUUCCCCAGACACCAAUUGCUCCCUUCUCGAUAUAUCAUGUCUCUGUCGAGCAUCGGCCGGGAAUUUUCUGACUGAUACAGUAACAUGCAUGCGCGCUCAAUGCGACAACUCUUUAAACACCAAUGUCCUCCUAUCACCCCUUCAGCUCGCUUGUCAAUUAGCAGGCUCGCCAAUCCCGGCUUCAGCAAUCAGAAACGCAGAGAUUGUAGCUAGUCAGCUUCAAGGAGUGGUUACCACUACUGUUACUGCUGGGGCUUCUCCUUCUUCAACACCGCAAAGUCCGACAAAUGUGCAGGUUACGACCACCACUGUUCAGAGUCUGAUGACUUCGACGGUUACGCAGACGACGACGAGAGAUGGGAACGUGCUUCAGAGUGUAGUGCCGGUUAUAGUCGGGCAGGGGACUACGAGAUUUGGAAGUGGAAGUGCGGUUUCGUCCAUCUCUACGAGCUCUAGCAACUCUGGAAAUGGAGGUGUAGGAGGAGCUGUUAUUAUCACAACUACAAACCAAGCAGGCAGUACCUUCACUACAACCACCAGUGCUGGAGGAGCUGUAGUCAUUACAACUACGAACUCAGCAGGGAGCACUUUUACCACCACCAGUAGAUCAUCUACAAGAGCAUCAUCUUCUCAGUCGAAUCCUUCUCAAUCAUUGUCUUCAACAGGGGCAAAUGGAUUAAGCACACUUUCAGGAACUCAGACCCCACCUACCUCAUCCCAAACCUCGGCGAAUACCCCAUCGACCUCGACGACAUCUUCUCAAGACUCAGAACGGACAUCAAAUCCAGAUGACCCGGAAUCGAAUAGUGCACCUUUUAGAAAUACAAACACUGGGACUCGGGAUAAGGAGCCGGGAAGUCUGUUCGCUAUGAGUGUUGCGAUGGUUGGGUUGUGUGUGUGGCUGUAG